UAAUAUCUCCUGACACCAGUGUAUCAAUCUUCAGUUGGCAAGUGAAUACAUAUGGUCAGGGAAAACCAUCUGCUUAUUUGGGUGUGUUUGACAUUAAUCGCUGGUAUCAUGCUCAAAUGCCAGAUUCGCUAAGGCCAGAAGAAUUCCUUCAUGAUUGCCCCUAUUUUGCAUUGUGGUCACUGGAUACUGUAAUAAGCAUGACUUCUCCAAACCUCAUUUUGGAUAUUCUGGUGCAUGAGCGGAGUCUCAAUCGGGGAGUUCCUCCUUCCUAUCCACCACCUGAGCAGUUUUUUAAUCCAAGCACCUAUAAUUUUGAUGGUACGUGCUUGCUGAACUCCGGAGUUAUUCAUAUGACUGGCACCGGCUUCCAGAAGGAGACCUUGAAGUUUUUAAAGAAAUUGGGUCCUUCAAUAAGUGAAGCCAUUCCUGAUAGCUACAACAGGUGCCUUGUAGCUGGCUUGCUGUCUCCAAGACUAGUUGAUGUCCAGCCAUCCAGUUUGAGUCAGGAGGAACAGUUAGAAGCGGUAUUGUCAGCUGCUGUCCAGACAGGUUCUUUAGAACUUCUGACUGGAUGCAUUAAACAUUGGACAUCGGAAGAGCAGCCAAGUUCUGCUGCUAAUUUACGCUUUGUUCUUGAGUGGACAUGGAACAAAGUGAUCUGUACGAAAGAUGAAUUUGACCGAAUAUGUGUUCCGCUGUUUGAUGGCUCUUGCAACUUCAUUGACCCACAGACGUUACGGUCUCUUCAGCACUGCCAGUUGCUUUUGAGCAACCUUAGCACAGUCUUAAACUGUUUUCUAACAGAAGCACAAGAGCUUACUGACAAAGGUUUUGCAGACUUGACAAAUAAGCAGGUGGUAACUCGCCUCAUUUCUUUGUAUGCACAAGUGGUCAUCUGGUUCUGUCGAUCCGGUCUCCUUCCAGAGGGUUUAGAUGAUGAUGUGCAUUUGCCCAGACCUUUCUACAAUUAUCCUCUGAUUCAGAGCUACUACACUGGGCACCGACAGAAACUUGAGCGUUUAUCAAGGGGAAAAUGGGAUUCUGACUGCUUGAUGAUUGAUGGAAUGGUUUCCCAGUUGGGAGACCAAGUCGAGAAGCUGUGGCGGAGAGAUGAAGGAGGAACUGGGAAGUAUCCACCUGCUAGUUUACAUGCACUGCUGGAUCUCUAUUUGCUAGAAAGCAUUGAGGAAAGCUACAAACAUGCAAUUACAAUUUACUUGCUGCUCGAUAUCAUGCAUUCCCUUCCAAAGAAAGCCGAAACUUCAAUCGACUCCUUCCCAACUGCCUUUGCCAUCCCCUGGGGUCUUGUUAAGCUUAUUCAAGGCUUUUGGCUUCUGGAUCACAAUGAUUACGAAAGCUCACUGGCCCUGCUCUUUCAUCCAGCUACGAUCAAAACUGUGUCAUGGCAACAUACGAGGAUUAUUCAGUCCCUCAUGUGCCAAGGAGAGCACAGGCGAGCCCUCAGAUACAUACAGAUGAUGAAGCCAUCAAUGUCAAGCAGUAGUGAAGUGCGGCUUUUCCUCACUGUGUUGUUGUCCAAUAGGUGCGUGGUGGAGGCUUGGGGUCUCUUGCAGCAACAUAGCACUAAGUUAGACAUAGAAGAGCUGCUAAAGCACAUGUAUGAAACCUGUCAGGAGAUGGGACUAAUGGAAGACUUACUGAAGCUACCUUUCACAGAGACUGAACAAGAGUGUUUGGAGAAGUUUUUACAGACCAAUGCUGGUGUUCAGAAUCAGGAAUUUCUUCUAGUCCACCAUCUGCAGCGUGCCAACUAUAUCCCAGCACUACAGUUGAAUCAGUCAAUGAAGGUUAAUCUUAUGAACGAUCGUGAUCCUCGCUUGAGAGAGAGAGCAGUUGUCAGAAACUCCAUAUUAGACCAAUAUGGCAAGAUCCUUCCUAGAGUCCAAAGGAAGCUGGCUGUAGAGAGAGCCAAGCCUUACCCUUUGCCUUCAUCGGUCUUCAGAGAAGUCGCAAGACCAAAGCCAUUAUCAACAGUAACAAAACAAGCUAAUGCAGGAAAUGUGCAUACAAGAGCAACUUUCAUCAGUAAUGUGUUGUCCAAAAUUGGAGAAGUAUGGGUAGGAAACGAGCAGAAAACCAGUUUCUCACAAUACGAUAGUCCUAGAGCUACAGAACCACCAGGCAUAACACACGCUCUCCCUGGAGCAGAGUUGCGCGAUCCAUUUGUUGGGACACCCGUUACAAAAUGUUCACAAAAACGUUCCAGAUUGCUGGAUUUGGUGGUUCGUCCUGUUCCUUCGUGUGCUGCAGCACAGGGUGGUACCUGGGAGUCACCAUGCAGAGCUUCUGCUCCAUUCAUGGCAUCCAGCCCAUUGAAAUCAAAUAGGCGUGGUUCCAUCUCACAAAAGAGUUUUUCAGGAGCAUCAGAGCUGAAUUUACUAGAGACUCCCCUGGUGGUUAAGAGAGCUAAAGUUUCGGCCACGUCUGCUUCUGGUUGUCCUGGGUUUACUCCUAAGUCUAUUCUCAAAUCCAGCCUUCGCACCACACCCCUAGCAACUCCCUCUGCAUCUCCAGGACGAUCUGUUACUCCUCCUCUACGAGCAAAGGAACCUAGAAUAUCUUUCAGGGAAGAGAUCUCGAAUGCAGAAUGGACUCUUGGGGUAACAGGAGGUGAUAAAGCACUGUCUGGAGCUUCAUCUGAGCAUCGACAUGGAGUGGUGGAGGAUGCUUGGUCUGAAAGUAGAGAGAAAACAACUCUCUCUACUCUGAGCAAUCCUGAGGAUGAUCGUGCUGAAAUGGAAGAGUCUUCAGAAAGCAUACCUGGAGCUGGUUUGGAGAAAAUGGAUGCCAGCAAAGAAACUAGUAGCUUCUCUGCCAGGUCAGACCAAACUACUUUGGAGUAUCAUGAUGCAAAAUCACCUGGCGAUUUUGAAGAUGAUGUCAUCUUCAUAGCUGCUAAACCAGCUAAUUCUUCCCCUGAAGAAAGUGCCGGUUUUCAAGAACUGGGGAAGGAAGAAGACAGUGAAGUGGUUGAAGAUAAACCGUUCCAGAUGGAACAACCAGAUUCAUCAGAACUAAGAAAAGAAGCUGGAUUUGUGGAAGAAUCAAAUGCUGAAAGUCCUGCCCUUCCUGAGGAUGGUAAAUUGGUGGUUAAAGCUCCUGAGGCUGCUGCUUUUGGGACUGCAAGUGAAGGCGAAACAACCCACCAGGAGUCCAGAAUGUCCUCUGCAUCAGAAGAAACAGCCAUACCAGUUGCACCAAAUCCACAGCUCUCUGAAUCCCCGGGGGCAGACGCUGAAUCUGCGAUAAGUAUCCUUGACCGUGAGGACGUGGUCAGUACUCAUUCCGAAAAUCACCUUGAGGGCAAGUGUGUGGAUUUACCUAAAGAACAAGACCUCGAAGCAGCUGAAGUUGAAGAAGAUGUUCCUCUUCCGCAGGAAGAAGUAGCUGUUUCUAACAAUCUUCCUCAAGCUGAGGAAAUGAACGUUCUUGAAGAUAGUGCGGUUAAGGCACAAACCUGGGAAGAAGCCCCUGAAAGAUCACCAUAUAGUGAACUGCUUCCAUCAGGCAGUCUUCAAUACAGCUAUGCUACUAUAGAGCAACAGUUUGCAUGUGAUUUGCCUGAUAAUAAGGAUAGUGAAUGUGAUGCAGCUGAGGGAGAUGGAGAGCUUUUUGUAUCUCAGAGUAAUUUUACUUUAGUCUUGGAAGGAGAAGAAGGUGAAGGGGAGAUGGGAGGCCCUACGUCAGUGGAUGGUUCUCGACCGGCUGGUACGACAGCAGAGGAAAAGCCCGUGAACAGUUUAGGAAAUUCUGAAAACCAAGACCAUGUGACAAACUCGGUGUCCACUGUAACUAGCGAUCAGGCAUCUCAAAAUAUUGCAGAGUCGCUCCCAUAUGUGCCUGAACCCAUUAAGACAGCUAUUGCUGAGAACUUGCUGGAUGUAAUCAAAGACACAAGGAGUAAAGAAUUUACAUCUGAAGUUGUAGAACAGUCUAUUCAUGAAACCAUAGGUAAAAAGGUAACGAGAUUCCAGAAGGCAAAAGCUCCCCUACCAACUGUACCAGAAGGAGUGGAAGAUGACACCAGCAUCCAUCAAGUCGAGUAUGUCAUCACUCCUAGGACACGCACAAGGGGACAACUGAGUAGAAGUCUAAGUAUUGCAUCGGCAAGUGAUCAGCAACUGCUGAAGAGAGACGAACCAGUUCUGUUUGGACUGUCUCCUAGGAGAAGUACCAGGCGAACAAAAGAAGCAUCAGAGACUUCUAGUCUUCAAACGGAAGAAAAUGCUCACGGGGAGCAAGUACCUGUGAUCCCUGUUACUCCUAGGAGAGGUAGGAAGCCUAAACCGACUAGUUUAGAAAAAGUAGAAAGCAGCCAUUCUGAUGGACAAACGUUGUCCGUCAGGACGCAGUCCAUAGCUGUUACUCCAAGAAGAGGAUUAAGGAGAGCAAAGGAAGCUGCGUCUGAGCUCUUGGAAGAGGCUAAUGAGGAAACUUGUCUUGCGGAAGGUAGCGUUAUUGCUUCUGCUACUUCCAAAAGGACUAGAGGAGGGAAAAGUUCAGCAGGAGAUGAAGAAAGUGGCCAGACAGACACUGCUCAUAAGAUAAAACCGGCGGUCAGUCCCAGCAGAAGUGCAAGAAAACUGAAAAGCAUUAAUUUACAAUUGACUGAAAAUACUGUCAAGGAUCCAGAGGUGCAGCCUAGUGACCAAGUCCUUGUACCCGUGCCAACUAAAAGGGGCAGAAGAAGAAAGAGGAGUUCAUCCGAAGUUUCAGAAAAUUCUGACCUUGAUUUGUCUAAACCCUCGCUUCCUCAAACAGAAUUCAAACUUGCUCUCACUCCUAGAAGAAGUGCUAGGAAGGGGGCACGCAAUCUCUUGGCAGACACAGAAUCUCUCUCUACUCAGGAGGGCGUACGUUCAGGGGGGAAAGUGGAAAUCCUUGAUACUCCUAGGAGAAGAGCGAGAAGAGUUGCACGUGCUAAAGCAGAAGAAACGGAUACUCGUGAGCAAACACCUGCACAGCCAAAUGAGGAAUCGGCCACGCCCGGGACUACAGUAAGGACAGGGCGUCGGGGCAGAAAGAGACGCUCAAUAUUGGCAGAGAGCACAGGGGAGGAGGCCUUCCCCCAGGGACCUGGUGGCAGUCCUUUGCUGCUUGAAGGCAUAAACCCAUCAGGACAUGAGGAAACAUCAAGAACUUUAAGGGAUCGUAUGACAAGAACCAGAUCCCGCAAAACUGCCACGCAUCAGAAAGUGUCUGUUGAGGAAAAGGAGUCCUUCCUUUUCUCUCCUCCUCUCACAAAGCUGACAAAGAGAUGUAAAGCUGGAAAAGCAGACCGUCCUGUGCAGCUUAAGGAUUCAGACCCGGACAUGUCUUCUCAAUUCGUCUUUUCACCGCCUCUUUUGCGAUCAAGGAUGAAAAAUGUAUCUAGCAUUUCCCGAAUUGUGACACAACCAGAGCUUCCAGCUAAAGAGGAAGAGGAUACCAAAUCCACAGAGCCUGUGGGAAAGCCCAAAUUGAAGAGAGGUAGAACUGCAAAGUCAGAAAUGAAGCAAGCAAGCAAAACCCCAAGACAAGAAGGUUCUUGGUCACCUCCACCAGUGGAAAUAAAAUUCAUCUCUCCUUUUGGAAGUCCAGUGGAUGGACCAAAAAAAAAACAGAAAGAAACCGCAGACGUGGCAGAGAAGACUCUACGAAAGAACAAAAAAAGACUGUCUAAUUUUCCAAAGCCAGUUGUGCGCCGGAAGAUGCUGUAACUCUUUUUUAAGUUUAGAACGUACACCGCUGUUUGUGAAGUCAUCAAAAUUGUCUGGAUUAGUAAAAAGAAAAAAAAAAAUCAUCUAAUUUGGAAGAGAUAAUUUAUAUAAAUUAUUGUAAAAUUUCAUAAACUAAUGGUCUUCAAGAAGUAACUCCAUAUGGAGUGCGGUUUCUUCAGUCAAUGCAGUUUUCUAUUUUAUAUUAAGACUUCAUACCUUUAUAUAAUAUGUAAAUACAGCUUAUUUUAGGAAUGUGAAAUAAAAAUGUCUACUUCACAAUA